AUGACGGAGCAAUCCCCCGACCUGCCGAAUAUUAGCACUGUCACCCCAGAGAGAAGCACGAAACGAAAGGCGUCCACAGCAACACCCGGCGAGAUCUAUCCUCGUAAAAGAGCGGCUACUGCAUGUCAAAUUUGCCGGCGUCGGAAAACAAGAUGUGACAAUGUUCGACCCACAUGUGGAUUUUGUGCGGACAUAGGCGCUACAUGCUCCUAUCAACCUACGGGGCAGGAGAGCAAUGCGCGUGGCGCUGAAUUUAAUAGUUUUGAUCCCGCUAGCAUGGCUCUAUUAGAGAAGAUGAACUAUGUUGUGUCGCUUCUUGAAACCCAACGCACUCACCCUGUAGAGGGGAUCCCGGCAACAACACCCGAUACUAGUACUAACACAGUCUCCCCCAGAGGCGCUAUAAACACUCACGAUGACCACAUCUCAGUAUCCUCCCAGGUCCUCUCUCAUUGCAAUCUAUCUUGCCGCGUGUUGCAGUGGCCCAUUCUUCAGAACCCACGUCACAAUGGGAUACUGGAUUCGAUGUUUGUGUUGGAGAAGGACGACUUGACAACGCAAGUUUCACGCUCGCGAUGGGUCAUUGAGGAGAACUUUCCAACUCACGUGCGCGCUUUUCUUGCCAAUGUUCAUACCAAAAAUCCGGUAGUUGAGCACAAAGCAUUGCUCCAACAUGCGAACGACAUUUCAGAGAAUGGCAUCUCGUGGGAUGGACCAAGCUGUUUGGUGCUGCUGACUUCGGCUCUGGGUAUCAUAUCGACUACUUUUCAGCGUGUUUCAACCACGCAGCAGGCUCCACCCGAGGCUGAUAGGUCUCUGGCUGACUCCUGCUAUUUUGCAGCCCGAAAGCGGAUAGGUCUACUGAGCAUAUCAUCCCUUCUAUAUCUCCAAUGCUAUUUUCUUUCUGGUAUUUAUGAGAUGUAUACUCUGAAACCGUUGGAAGCAUGGCACUCCUUCUACGUGGUUUCUACCGCGAUACCUCCUUACAUCCGCACCAGGAAUCCUGGAUCAAUGAGCACCGAAACGAGUGACCUCGAGGAGCGCCUCUUUUGGUCUGCAUCAAAAUCGGAGUUGUGCCUCCGCAUUGAGCUGGACCUCCCCGCUCUCUUGGGCCCCGAGCCCAGUUUUCCAGUGGACUAUCCAAACCCUCCAGCAGGUGGAGAUGACAUCCCCGAAGAAUUCCCUCUAGAGGAGAGCUGGUAUUAUUACCUGUUCGAAGUGUCCCAAAAGCGCACGAUGGACCAAGUCAUUGGCACGUUUUACUCAAGCACGCAUGACACCAAACUCCUUCAAACCCCUAUUGAAUCCCUGAUUCACAAUGCGAUGGAGCUGGAGAGGCAUCAGACCCUCGCUGCGUCGAGACUUCCGCCAUGGCUGCAGUUUAAAGAGGGCGAAGCCUCCGACCGAGAACUACCAUAUUUCAUCCGGACUCGAUCUCUUGCUGUGCAGGACGGUAUACUUCGGCCUUUCUUAUUUCUUGGUAUCCACUCAACUACACUACAGCCCCCUGCUGUUUAUGCAUUUGCUCAACGCUGCCUGGAAGGCUGCUAUGCUAUCAUCGACCUUGUUAACAUUCAGCAUCGGCAUCACGGAAGCUGGUUCCAAGCUCGCGCGGCUUUUCGCUGUGGGCUUUCUAUCAUCGCGGCGAAGAAAAGUCAGAGAGUUGCAGUUCGCUCGGACUGGAGACAAUUCGCGGAGAAGGCUUCAAGUAUUUUAGAGUUCUGGGGCAGAGACGCUCUCGACUUACAAAGGCUGGGAGUUCUCUUUCGCUCUAUUUAUGAAGAGAUGUCGACUUCGGAUUGA